AUGGAGAAAUACGAGCGGAUCCGGGUGGUCGGGCGGGGGGCGUUCGGGAUCGUCCACCUGUGCCUCCGCCGGCUGGACCAGAAGCUGGUCAUCCUGAAGCAGAUCCCGGUGGAGCAGAUGACCAAGGACGAGCGCCUGGCGGCCCAGAACGAGUGCCAGGUGCUGAAGCUGCUGCACCACCCGCACAUCAUUGAGUACUACGAGAACUUCCUGGAGGACAAGGCCCUGAUGAUCGCCAUGGAGUACGCGCCGGGUGGGACCUUGGCCGAAUUCAUCCACAAGCGGGGCAACUCCCUCCUGGACGAGGAGACCAUCCUGCACUUCUUCGCGCAGAUCCUGCUGGCCCUUCACCACGUCCACGCCAAGCAGAUCCUGCACCGGGACCUCAAGACCCAGAACAUCCUCCUGGACAAGCACCACACCACGGUCAAGAUCGGCGACUUCGGCAUCUCCAAGAUCCUCAGCAGCAAGAGCAAAGCCUACACGGUGGUGGGCACCCCGUGCUACAUCUCCCCGGAGCUGUGUGAAGGCAAGCCCUACAACCAGAAGAGCGACAUCUGGGCCCUGGGCUGCGUCCUGUAUGAGCUGGCCAGCUUGAAGAGAGCCUUUGAGGCCGCCAACCUGCCCGCUCUGGUUCUGAAGAUCAUGAGCGGCACCUUUGCCCCCAUCUCGGACCGCUACAGCCCUGAGCUGCGCCAGUUGAUCCUCAGCCUGCUCAACCUGGACCCCUCCAAGCGGCCGCCGCUGAACGAGAUCAUGGCCGAGGCCCUCUGCGUCCGGCCCCUGCUGGACCUUUACACCGACGUGGGCAGCGUCCGGAUGAGGAGGCAAAACCUGCCCGCUCUGGUUCUGAAGAUCAUGAGCGGCACCUUUGCCCCCAUCUCGGACCGCUACAGCCCUGAGCUGCGCCAGUUGAUCCUCAGCCUGCUCAACCUGGACCCCUCCAAGCGGCCGCCGCUGAACGAGAUCAUGGCCGAGGCCCUCUGCGUCCGGCCCCUGCUGGACCUUUACACCGACGUGGGCAGCGUCCGGAUGAGGAGGCCGGAGAAGUCGUGGAGAGCGGCGCCCGCCGUGGCCCAGAGCAGAGCUGGGGGUGCGGCUGUCGGGGCCAGAGCGUGGGGUGGCCGCGCCGGGACCCCCAGGCCCGGCCUCCCCCCGGCCUUGUCCUCCAUCUACACCUGGGGCUCCGGCAUCGCCAACCCCCUCCGCCUGCCCAUGCUGAACACCGAGGUGGUGCAGGUGUCCACGGGCCGCACGCAGAGGGCCGGCGUGACCAAAUCCGGGCGGCUGGUCCUGUGGGAGCCGCCCCCCUUUGGCACAUCUGGGGGACCCUCCCUCCCGGGGGCCACGGAGCAGCUGCAGCCCCAGUUCGUGUGCCGCUUCCUGGAGGGCCAGUCCGGGGUGACCAUCAAGCACGUUGCCUGCGGGGAUCUCUUCACCGCCUGCUUGACAGACAGAGGGAUUGUCUUGACCUUCGGCAGUGGCAGCAGUGGCUGCUUAGGACACGGAUCGUUUGUGGACGUCAACCAGCCCAAGAUCGUGGAGGCCCUGCUGGGAUACGAGAUCACGCGAGCCGCCUGUGGCGCCUCCCACGUCCUGGCCCUCUCCAGCGAAGGGGAGGUCUUCACCUGGGGCAGGGGCGACAACGGGCGCCUGGGGUUGGGGUCCCUGGAGUCCCACAGCUCCCCACAGCUGGUGCCCCUCCCCUCUGGCUUCGACGCCCAGGAGGUCCUGUGUGGCAUCGAUGCGUCCAUGAUCCUCACCUCCAAGAAUCAGAUCCUGGCCUGUGGCAGCAACAGGUACAACAAGCUGGGCCAGGACAGGACGGUGCCCCACGGCGAGCCCCCCGCCGCUGCCGAGCAGGUGGAGGAAGUGCUGCUCUUCAGCCCCGCCUGCUCGGCCCCCCUGAGCGAAGAGGCCGUCGUGGGCGCGGACAUCGGCACCUCCCACUCGGCAGCCAUCACCGCCUCCGGUCAGUGCUACACCCUGGGCAGCAACCAGCACGGCCAGCUGGGCCCCAUCUCCUGCCGGGCCAGCCGGGCCCCCUACCUGGUGGAGGGGCUGCUGGGCACCAGAGUCACCCGGGUGGGCUGUGGGGAUGCCUUCACCCUGGCGGUGGGAGCAGAUGGCGAGGUCUACACCUGGGGCAAGAGCGCCCGGGGGCGCCUGGGCAGGAAGGAGGGGGAGACGAGGAGCCCCCGGCCCGUGCAGCUGGAAGAGAGCCCCCCCAGCCUGGUUGUCUCGGUCUCCUGUUGCCAUGGCACCACCCUGCUCACUCUCAAGCGUGAGUAG